AAGGUACUCUUCUUUGAUUGAUCUAUCUCCACAACGUACAAACCAACGUACAAAUAUCAACAAAAAUGGCCGAUACUCAAGCUGUAAAGCCUACCGUCACUUUGCACUGGCUGGAACUCUCCCGCUCCCAGCGCAUCGUCUGGCUCCUCCAAGAAUGCAAAGACAUCGACUUCAAGACCGAAGUCUACAAGCGUCAAAGCGAUAAACUGGCUCCUCCCGAAUUGAAGCAGAUUCACCCUCUCGGAAAGUCUCCUCUCGUGACCAUCUCGUCGCCAAACAUCGCCAAACCCAUCGUUCUGGCAGAGAGUGGUAACUUAACGGAGUACCUCGCCGACCACUUCGCAACCCACCUCAUCCCCACGAAAUGGCAAGCCGGCAAAGAAAACCAAGUCGGCGGCGAGACGGAGGAAUGGAUGCGCUACAGCUACUACCUGCAAUACGCCGAAGGAAGUCUAAUGUCGCUGCUCAUGGUGGGACUCUUCAUCGAUCAAAUCCGCAACGCCCCCGUCCCCUUCUUCAUCAAGCCCAUCACCAAAACCAUCGCCGGCCGCGUCGACGCCGCCUACUUGACCGCCAACUACGCCACGCAUUUCGCUUUCCUGGAAUCUCAACUCGCCUCCUCCCCUCAGGGUGGCAAGUAUCUCUGCGGCAAAGACCUCACGGCCGCGGAUAUCCUGAUGAGUUUCCCGAUCAUGGCGGCGAAGGCGCAGUUGUUGAAGAAGGCCGAGUAUCCGAAAUUGUAUGCGUAUGCGGAGAUGUUGGAGGGGCAUGAGGGGUUUAAGAGGAGUGUGAAGUAUAUUGAGGAGGUGACGGGAGAGCCGUUCAAGGCUACUUUCCGUUGAGCGUUGUAAGGCAUAGGAUUCAGGAUGGAGAGAGUGUCUGCCUAGUCACGACAUUGUGGUAUGGAAGACUUUGCGGUGCUACUACAUAGCAAUGAUCAUGGGUCUCGGGAGAAUUUGCACUUCAUCGCUG